UGUCGCACUGCCCGAUCUAUCUAUAGUGGCAUAUAAAUAGUGUGGGUUGCCGGCCUGGACGCCGUGGAAACGUGUUCUAACCAUGUAAAUACUAAAGUGUUAUUAUAAAGGAAAUUUUUCACACGCUAAGGUAUUAAAAUAGUAAAUAUGCUAAGACUCCAUCAACAUAAUGACUUUAUCGCAGGAUAGCGGUGACCGCUUUGUAACGAAGACUGAAAUUACAGACAGUUCGAACUGGAAUUCGCUUUACUGUUCACACCUGUGGUCGAACAGCAAUCUGAGAAAAGCUAUCCUGACAGCACCAUAUCCAGAUAACAGAGUUAUCAAAUAUUGUUACACGUGCAAAGGAAAGAUACGAAAAUAUGAAAUUAAGUCUUCUGAAGAUAAUUUUAUUCCAAAUAUUCAUUCUACUCCAAACGGAAAGGUAGAGUCGAGACAUAACGAAUCAACGUCAAGUUAUACGCCAGAGAACUCCUUCAGUGUUAUAUCACAAGAUCUACCGUCGAGCAGUAUACCUUUAAAAGACAUUUCCACUAAUGUGGAUAGUAACCAAUGCAUUCCAACUAUAUCUCGUCAAAUUGAUUCCAGUUUUCGCCAAAAAUAUACUUCCUAUGAAAUGCGUCCUAAUGAAAUUAAUCAACGCAGACUGAGAAAGAGCCUCAAAGGGAUCGGAUGUAUUGUAAAUUUAGCACUGAACGAUAGCCCUGUGAAGAAACGAACUCAAAUACAGGCUUGCUCAAUAAGUGUGAUGAUUGUGGCAAUUGUAGUAAUUAGUUUUGUUUUGGUAAAUUUUACAAGUCCUAAUUUUACACGUGCAACGAGUGUAGCAAGUACAAUUGUAGUGCCAACUAAUAAUAUAAUAGAUUCCAAUGAAACGUCAUCAGCAAUCACUAAUAUUUACGCAAAUCCAACCCUCCGAACAGAUGUUACAAUAAAAGAAGUAAGUACAACUAUGGAACCCCUAACUACAUCUACGGUCAAUAAUUCACUUGUUUCCAAUAUAAUAAACAAAAUACGAAAAAAUGUCAGAACUUUCCCAAAGGAAACAAAAAAAGAAACUCGCAUACCAAAAGAUAUCAUCAAUAGAGAUUUAUCGCAAAGGUUUUGCUCGUGCCAAACAGAUGAAGUUUGUAUGCUAGAUGAAAACAGUGGAACGUCGAUUUGCCGAAAAGCCGUUGAUAUCGACGACCCUACAGGUUGUGGCGGAUUAUGUGCAUUGGAAACGGAAGCCUGCCAGUUGGUGGAUAGAGCUCGUGGAGUACGUGUCUGCAGGCUGCUGACACUGGUGACUUGUUCACCUCAAGAGUGGCGCUGCAGGAAUGGGCUAUGCGUGCGAGCUGAACAUCGCUGCGACGGCACUAUUCAGUGUUAUGAUCGCUCUGAUGAAAUGCACUGCGACUGCGACUUAACAAAACAAUUCAGAUGCGGCCAUUCCAUAUCCUGUUUUUCUAAUACGAAACUAUGUGAUGGUUAUAUCGAUUGCUGGGAUGGAUUCGAUGAAUUGAACUGUACUGCAGAGUGUCCCCAGGAUCAGUUUACGUGUACGGACGGCCAGUGUAUUAUGUCCUCGAGGUUUUGUGACAGCCUGGCUGAUUGUGAGGAUGGCAGCGACGAGCCGCAAGGGUGCGACGGAGAGUGCGGUGCGCACGAGAUGCGCUGCGCCAACCGCCGCUGCGUGCCCAACGCGGCGCGCUGCGACGGUCGCGACAACUGCGGCGACGCCAGCGACGAACUGCAUUGUUCCUAGCACUGUUUCAGAGUACAAAAUUAACACAACGCUACCUGAUUAUAAAAAAAAUACUGUAUUGCAUAGUUUUUAGUGUAUCAGAAUCAGACGACUGCACAUCAAGAUACACUGCAUGUGUGGUGUUAUUAGUGAUAUUGCAACAAAAAUGUAUAGCCCGAUAUGCUGUCGACUGUGAACUUAUUUAAUUCCUAUUUAAUUAUUAUAUUUUGCUCUGUUUGAUUGCAUACCUUACCUAUUUAGAGAUAUUUUUUCUUUAGAAAUAAAAAAAUGUAGGCAAUAUAUUUUAAUGAAGCACGAGUCAUACCUACUCGUGUACCUCUUUCUUAUAACUUUUGGAGUCAUUCGUUAGAUUGCUAGGUGCCAUUUAAAAAUUCACCAUAGUCCAAAGAAUGUUAACCUAAGCUACGUACCUACUGGUUUUUUUUUUUGUAAUUCUUAUCUAAAGUAUUGCCUCUUAAGAUUUAUAGAGGAAUUAAGGAAUGCCUAUGGUUGAUACAAAUAUUUAAAAAAUUCAAAAAACAAUAAAGUAGUGGCAUCCGCAAAUCUCAUCACGAUUUAGUGAGCUACGCCCGAGAAUCGAACCUAGGAUACCCGGGCACUCUCAACUUUUUGACUAAGUAGGCACCUACCUACAUACCUAACUAAUUGAAAUAAUUUAAUUACGAUGAUUCUCGAUUGCUUUGAGUAAUAGUAAUGUUAACUGUAGUAUGCUAAAUACUUACUUACUUAAAGCAAAGUUUUGUGUUUUUGAAUAUUGUUUAAGCCAGAAUCCCGAUUAUUUAAUAGGUAAUAAAUAAAAUCCUUUUUUGUUUAAGUGAUGAUUUCUUGAAAGUUACUGGGUACACAAAGUACCUACUUACCUACUUCCAUUUACCUAUGUAUUAUUUACCCUUGGACUUAGAUCUCUCAACAAAAAUUAUUAUCACCUAUAAAAUAUUUUAAAAUA